UGCCGCCUUCAUCUGCAGCUACUGCACUGUGCCGCUGAGCUCCCAGAGCAUGGGCGCCAUGGACGCGCACUCCUCACUCGCCGCGCUGGCCAGGCGCGCCGGCGAGAGCCGGAUAGAGCCGACGGCCGACCAGGUGAGUGCGCCGACGGAAGAUUCAGCUCGGCGCGACGCAGCUGCGGUCUGCGUCCGAGCAAGUAGGGGCCUCAAGAGAGCGGUGCUGUGCUCGGGUCGUUGUUGGAGCGGACCCCUAGAGCUCGACUCAGCGCGGCCCGAGCGCGGCUGACCGACGCAUGCGCAGCGCACCAUCAUCAUCGUCGCCGCAGUCAUGGCCGUCGCCAUUGGCAUCAUCUGGCACGUGCCGUACAUCAAGGAGAUCCUCUGGCCAUUCAAGAUUCUCACCGUCGCAUUCCACGAGUUCUCACACGCCAUCGUCGGGCUGUGCACGGGCGCCAAGAUCGAGAGCAUUGUGCUCGAGCCCAACGAGGGCGGCGCCACGCGUAUGCGCGGCGGCAUCCCGUGGCUCACGCUGCCGGCCGGCUACCUGGGCAGCUCGUUCAUCGGCGCGGCCAUGAUUGCGUGUGCCUUUGACAUUCGCGCCAGCAAGGUCAUGAGCUUCGUCAUUGCCGUCUGCUUUUUGUUCACGCUCUGGUGGGCGCGGAAGAACUGGCUCACCUGGCUGCUGCUGCUCGUCUUUGCCGGGGUGCUCGUGGCGUUCUGGUUCAUUGCGCACGGUGUGGCGCUGCAGUACUUUGUGCUCUUCCUCGGCGUCAUGAGCUGCCUCUACUCCGUCUGGGACAUCUGCGACGACCUCAUCUUCCGCAAGGUCAACGAGAGCGAUGCCACGGCAUUUGCCAAGGUCGUCGGCUGCUGCCCGCCGCAGGUGUGGGGCGUCGUGUGGCUGCUCGUCUCCGUCAUCUUCUUUGCCGCAGGCAUCAUCAUCGGCAUCGUCGCCUUCAAGACGCCGCUGCGGACGCAGAAAGCCGACAACUUCCUCAACACGCGCGACUUUGGCCUUCUGGCGGCCGUCGUGUGGUGAUGCGCGGGGCUGCAUCAUCUGGCCCUGACUCCCGCGCGGCGCUGCUCUGCUCCAUCACUGACCGUCUGGCUGUUCGACGUCUUGUCUCCCGCCGCUCUGUAGACAAUGUACCCUGUAUUAUCUGC